AGAUUUUUAUUUUUCUUUCUCCAAAGAAUUUAAUCAUUCUUUUAUUCUUUAUUCUUUCAAGCUCUCCUCUGUUUCUUGGUGCCAUUUUAUUGUAUCUUCUGGUGAAAACAAAGAGCCAUACUUGAUCAUUUAAAGCCUAAGGAAGACUUGUUGUGUUUUAUGCCCACAAGGGGAUUUCUAUAUUAAAACUCUUUUGGAAUUAUCCUUUCAUUAUAUUUGUGUGACCAUGGGUCUUGACGUUGGGUCCUUAAGCUUCAAACUUAAAGAUGGAGGCUUGACAUCAAGAACCAACAGUUUCAAGAGAGACAGCACUACUAUAACGCAGCAGAAUUCUCCUAAGAAGAUUACUAUGGAACGGUCUUUGAGUUUCAACAGCUGGGAGAUUCCUAAAGUGACCAAGACUGAUUCAGAUUUUGAGGUCUUGGAGACAAAGAAGUCAACUCCUAACACUUUGAAUGGAAGAAACUGUGAGAGAAUCCAAAUAAAGAAACCCACAGUUACUCCACCUGAGCCUUUUGUGUUCAUCUCCCCUAGACCGGUCACCGAGCUCGAUGCAGCUGCAACUACCCUACAAAAGGUGUAUAAGAGUUACCGGACAAGAAGGAACCUAGCAGAUUGUGCAGUCGUUGUUGAGGAGCUCUGGUGGAGGACUCUAGAUGGUGCAGCUCUGGAUUUGAGCUCUGUGUCUUUCUUUGAAGAAGAGAAACAUGAGAGCGCUGUUUCCAAAUGGGCUCGAGCUAGAAAACGAGCUGCUAAGGUUGGGAAAGGCUUAUCAAAAGAUGAAAAGGCUCAGAAAUUAGCUCUGCAGCAUUGGCUUGAAGCUAUUGACCCACGUCAUCGUUAUGGCCACAACUUGCAUUUCUAUUACGAAGUCUGGUCAGAGAGCAAGAGCUCACAGCCAUUCUUUUACUGGUUGGAUAUAGGAGACGGCAAAGAUGUAAAUCUUGAGAAACACCCGAGAAGUGUUCUUCAAAAACAAUGCAUCAGAUACUUAGGGCCGACGGAGAGAGAAGCAUAUGAAGUGAUAGUGGAAGAUGGGAGACUAAUGUAUAAACAGGGCAUGACUCUGAUCAAUUCAACAGAGGAAUCCAAGUCGAUUUUUGUACUUAGCACGACAAGAACCUUAUACGUAGGGAUUAAAAAGAAAGGCGUUUUCCAGCACUCAAGUUUCUUAUCUGGAGGCGCCACUACAGCUGCAGGAAGAUUGGUCGCCCACGAUGGGAUCCUUGAGGCUAUAUGGCCAUACAGUGGACACUAUCUUCCAACAGAAGACAACUUCAAGGAGUUCAUAAGUUUCUUAGAGGAGCACAAUGUUGAUCUCACCAAUGUUAAGAGAUGUUCUGUGAAUGAGGAAUAUUCGUCAUUCAAAUCCACUGCGGACGAAGAAGAAGGACCAAAAGAAAUCUCAGAAGAAAUUGAGAUGCCUACAGAGAAAGAAGAGAGAGCGAGACCGGUGUUUGAUCCUGUAAAGAGACUGUCUUGUAAAUGGACAAGUGGAUAUGGCCCAAGAAUUGGGUGUGUUAGAGAUUACCCAAUGGAGCUACAAACACAAGCACUGGAGCAAGUCAGUCUCUCUCCUCGGGCUUCGCCAGCUAAUUCUUACGGACCAAUUCCAUCUCCAAGGCCGAGUCCUAAAAUAAGGGUCUCUCCACGCCUAGCAUACAUGGGGAUCCCAAGUCCUAGGGCUGUUAAGUGUUAAAACCUAACCACACAUUUUUUUAACUUAAGCACCAAGAAAGGGUGAGGUUAGAAGAGAAGAGACACUAAAGCUCUGUUUUUCAAUCUCCUUUUGCAUAUUUUUCGAAUUUGCAACAUUUUGUUGCUUCGAAUACUUCUCUUGUUAGAUCAAGACUUGCUUGACUUGAUUAUGCUAGAGAUAGAAAACAGUCGACUUGUGGCCCGUUUAGAUCAUCUGGUUCAGAUUGAUCGUUAAUUUGAUAUUUAUUUUGUAAAGUUGCAAACGUUAAUUUAUUUUAAUUAAUUGGCGAUGA